AUGGGAGGAUGCACACAAAAUGAGUCCAGUAGAUUAGUCUUACGAAUUAAGAACAUUAUUCUUAUACUUAAAGCUGGGCACAUUUCUAUUCAAACAAUAAAGUAUAACUUCAUUUGUAAAUAAAAAAUAAAUUUUUCAUUGAAAUAAUAUCAGAAAUAAUUUAUUUAUUAUUUUUGAUUUUCAAAUAAAUGAUUAUUUGUUAUUUAAAUUAUGUAGGUACAAUAAAAAUAAUAUUUUUAAUUUUUAAUUUUCUUUUAUCUAUUAUAUUAUAUAAUAAAAGAGUUUUUUAGAUAUUAUUGUUUUUUUAAAUUAAUUUUUUGUUUACUUAUUAAUUAUUUUUUUAAUAAAUAGUUUGUAAUUCGUGUUUGUCUUUACUUUUGAAUUUUUGAACAGUUCUUACAUGGUUCCAAAGAAGAGAAUUAACUUUGUAGCAGUUUUUAAUGUACUAUACUCUAUAACUCUCUACUCUUAAUGUACUAUACUCUAAUUCUGCAUAUAUACAAAAUGAUAUACAUAAAUAAUAAACACAAAUAAUAAAUAAUAAAUGAAAUUGUAUUUGUAAAUAAAAAUUAAUCUCAUUUUAAUUAAUUUAUUUAAUUCUGUUCAUAUAAUAAAUAAUUAAUUUCUGCAUUUUAUUUAAAUUCUCAAAUAAGAAAUAAUUUUAUAUUUAAGUAGUUAUUUAAAUAAAGAUUUAUUUAUGAUUUCGUGGAAAUUGGAAAAUUGUUAUAUCUUAUAUAUUAGAUGUCUGAAUAUUCUUGUAACACUGUGUGCAAUUACAGUGUGUUAUAAAACUAUUUACAGCAAAAAAAGGAUAUAAAUGUACAAUUUCUUGAAAUUAGCAGAGUUCUGUUAAAAAGUGAGGACAGAUGAGGAGUUCUUUACAUAAGUGUAAAGAGUUCUUUACAUAAAUGUAUCAAAUGUGAAAAUUAGAUCUAGACUUGUAAUACUUUGUGUGAGACACUUCGCUUAUUUAACUUACACUCCCAAAUUCUGGUAUAUUUUUCAAAAUAAUCUAUAUAUAACAUAUCGAAUUAGAUCGUGUUACAUCGAAAUUUUUAUUUCAAUUAUAAUUCUAUUUUUACGUAUAUUUAGGCUGUGAACAGCAACAAGGAUGUAGCAUUAGUGGUGGCUGUGGCGACUCUGUACCGAGUUGUCGUCCUUUGGAGACAAAUAGAAGCGGAGUUGGUUCUGGAGGAGCUGGAGAUAAUCAAGGGCACAAUACGAAUCAAACUCAAGUUCAGCCCCAUGUGACAGUACCACCAGUUACUUAUCAACAAAGGCCCAACUCUUUAUCCGCUUGUUAUGCAUCAUGUUGUGCUGAAUCCGCAAAAAAGAUAUAUUUUGGAGUGUGUGUCACAAUAUGUGUCACAGCAAGCUGGGUUGGUGCGACACACUGUAUCAAGUAUUUGUAUUUUCACAAACCCGAAACACCUAAUUAUUCAUCGUUUUCUAACUCAUCUAUUACCGGUCAUCAUCAGCACACGGUUCCAUAUAAUGCUCCAUUCUUCACAACCUGGUUUUGUACGAAUUGGGAAAUUCUUUACUUCCCAGUUUAUUUUCUUUGUCAAUCUGCAAGAAUUAAGUGUAAUACACCAUCCGAAAUAAUUGCAGAGAGUUUACGAGGUUUUCGCGACAAAGGAUUUACUGGUGGUCGUUUCUUGAUCAGAUGUAGUCUUUUUUGUGGACUCUGGGUAGUUACGAAUUAUAUGAUACUAUUAGCAACCGAUGUUAUGGCACUUUUCGCAACCAACGUGUCUUGUGUAUAUUUGUUAUCAUGGGUUAUUCUUCAUGAACAAUUUGUUGGAGUAAGGAUAGUAGCAGUGAUUUUAUGCAAUACUGGAAUUGCACUUUUAGCGUACAUGGAUGGUAUUACUGGAAGUCCAACUUUAGGUGGUGUUGUUUUGGCAACAUCGGCAGCAGCUGGUUCAGCGGUUUAUAAGGUGCUGUUCAAAAAAGUCAUAGGAGAAACAACAUUUGGUCAGAUGUCUUUAUUCUUUUCCCUUAUUGGGCUGUGUAAUGCGGCGUUGUUAUGGCCAAUUUGUUUGGCUCUUUACUUCUCAGGAGCAGAAAGCAUACAUUGGGGACGAUUGCCGUGGACGGCAUUACUUUCAGCAAGCAUUUUGCAUUUAGCAUUGGAUGUUCUUUUGUACGGAGCUCAUUUCAUGGGAAUGAAAUUGGCAGGGAUGAUAUUUAUAGCAGUUGGCUUCUUCCUUGUAAUGUUUCCAGACAAUUGGCCGGAUUACAUAACCAGACUACUUCGAUUUGUAACAAGGCUCAAACUCAUUCAUGCAAUGAAUUAACAUAUGCUGUUUCGUUUACACAGCUUUUAGAUAAAUGCGAAUUGUGGAAAUUACAUAGUAUUGUAGUUAAGCAUAUAAUAUCCGACUUGCUAAUAAGUGUGCAAUAUAAUGGAAAAUGAAGUGCAUAUAAGUUUAUUCGAUGAAAAUGAUUAAUAUUGUAUAAAAUAUCUACGAAAAUAUAUUUUUUUAUAAUUUAUUCUGAUGCGUAAUGGUUUUUUGAAACAUUAAAACGUUAGAAAUUAACUUGAAUGUUUUAAAUUUAUUAUUGUUAUUAUUGUAAGUUGCAUUUUUAUUAUACAAAAUUUUUUAUAACAUUUAUUAAAUUUUUACAUAAUUUGUAUUAUAUAUUAUAUAUUUUUGAUGUUAAUAUUUUGAUUAUUCUAAUAUCAUGUACAAAUUAAUAUUUCUCUCUAAUAUUGAAAACUGAUAUGCACUUAGCAUUUUCUCAUCACAAAGUAUGCAUUUUGAAAUUAUGUACAAUUAAAUCUCCUAAGAGAGAUUUUAAAUAAUAAGAGAGAUCUUUUCAUUAAAGAGAGUAUAAACUGAGCAAUAUAAUUAAAAGAUAUUAGGAAACUUUUUUAUUGAAAAAAUUAAGUACUGAUAUAAAAAUAUAUGAACCAUUUAAAAAUAUUUUAUUUUUACGGAGAUAGUUUCUGUUUACAGUAAUAAUUAUUUGAUUUUAAUCUUAAGCAAUACAUGUUAUGUAUAGAAAAAUUUGUAUAGUUUUUCUCAAAUAUGUACAUAUAAGACUUUUUUAGUUCACUUCAUUAAUAAGAUCUAUCACAUUAUUAAUUUCUAUUCAAGUAUUUUUUAUAAAUUUAAUAAUGAGUUUUUUUUUAUAAAUUAAUAAUUUUAUUAAUCUUUAUUUUAAAUUAGACAACUUCUCAUCAACUAAAAAAUUUAGUUAAAUUGUAG